AAUUAUUUCUUGUUUGCCGAUACGUUUAAUAAUUACUUCAAGUCAUUAUAAAAUCUAUUUCAAUUAAAUUUUUAUCAAGUCUUAUGAAAAAUUGUUUGAAACUAUAGACAACAAUGAAAUUAUAUAUUUUAUCAAUAUUAUUUUUUUUGGUGUUCACCUCAUUUUAUUUGGAAGUUGUAGGUGGUGGUGAUAGUACUUCAAAUGAUGGUGCUAGUACUUCAAACGAUGAUAGGUACAGUGUGAAUACCUCAGCUGAAGGUGCAAAUAUUAGACCUUUUGUCGCAUCAGGAGGUGCAAAUAUUAGACCUUUUGUCGCAUCAGGAGGUAUGAGGUUAAAUGUUAAUACCUCAGAAGAAGGUGGAAGAUUUGGUUCUAAUACCUCAACAGGAGGUGGAAGAUUUGGUGUUAAUACUACAACAGGAGUUGGUAGAUUUAAUGCUAAUAAUUUAACAGGAGACUUGGAUAGCACAGAUUCUGAAAAUGAAAUUGUGCAGAUGAUUCUAAACGACCUUCCUUCAAAGGUACAAGCCUGUCCACUCCUUCUGGAUCCAGGCAGUAAAUAUCUAGAUCCAACCACAAAAUAUCCUAUUUUAAUAUAUUAAUUUUUUCUAUUAAAAUAUGAUCGUACUAUCAAGUGAAUAAUUAAUUUUAAGUUUGGUUCACUUUACAUUUUAAAAUCUAUAGUAAUUGCAGAUUUUGUUUCAUAUUUUUCUUUGCCUGUGAUAGCGCAAAAAACAUGUUAUAAAAUAGUUGGUUGCGAAAUAAAAGUAGAAGUCCAUUAUGCCGAAAUUCAAUUAAAGAAAUAAUUAUUAUUUUAGAAAAUUAAAUAUUUUCACUGCUCUAAUGCUAAUAGAUUACUAAUGAAUCGUCAAUAUCAUAAAAAUU